AUGUUUCAGCUAAUAAGGGUCUGUGCCAGGGUAGGCGGAGAACCAUUCUACUUUGUCUAUGUGAACGUCUCCUCACCAAUCGUAAUCGACCUGCUCCUACAUAACUACUGGCGGCAGUACCCGGGCGACGCUGAUUACGUCAGCGUCUGGAGGAUCACGCCGCUAGCGCACUACGACGCAUUCAUGGCGACGACCUUGGGCAUCAAGGACAGCGAGGUCCUGACGCAGUUCCGCGGAGGGGUGCACAGGGGGGAACUUUACAUGCUGGAAAUACACGUCAUGGACUCAGACGUGAGCCUGAGUAAGCUGUCUGAGGAGUGGGUGAAGGAACUGCAGCAGACGGCCGAGGAACGGGAAGAUCCCGCCAAGGACAACUUCAUCCAUCCCUUCAAGGUCGUGGGAAAAACGCGGGGCGUCUUCCUUGUCUCCAGCGCCAGUAACGCUGCGAUGGACCGGCGGCUGUACACCCUGCCGCGCUUCCAGGCGUACAGCGACGCUAUCGAGGUCUGGGCCUUCAACGUCCUGCCGUUCAGCGAGUACGAACAGGAGAUACAUUACCAGCCGGACCACCGCCUGGCCCCCUGCCCGCUGGUGGACUCGUCCCGCCCUCGCACGGCCGGGUCCCGCUCGGCGCGAACCAGCGGCAUCUGCCGCUACGGCGGCGUGAGGAACCCGCUCACAGGGAAGUGCUUCUGUGCAGACACGUGUUCCCAGGAGGUGGACCCGGUGUGCGGGUCGGACGGGGAGGAGUACGAUAACCUGUGCCAGCUGCAGGUCGCGGCCUGCAGGCAGCAGAAAACCAUCGACGCGCUUGGACAACCGCCCUGCGGGGGUAUGAAGUACAGCGGUUUCCUGUACAUGUUGGAGAUCAGCGUCCGGCCGACAGCGGAGCGCUCCACUCUGCAGAUCGGCAGGAACAUCCGGGACUCCUUCCAACAGGCGCUGCAGGAUCCACGGGACCAGCUGCUCUACAUGAUGAAGGUGAAUGGAGAGCCAACGUUCCAAACCUGA